ACUAUAAAAGACCAAGCCCAAACUUGCCGCGCGCUAUUACAACAGUGACUCUGUGAUUUUUCCCGCCGCGUAUUUAUUUAAAUCAACAAUAAAGAUGCAGGCGUGGUUGUUGGUGGCGUGCGCGGCUGCGCUUGCGACCCUCGCAGUAGCACAGAAACCUGGACGUUUCCUCUCCCUCCCCAACCCCCAGAAAUGCGCUAGCAGACCAAAAGAGUUCUUCUACCGAGGUCACAACUACUUCUACAGCGGCCACGUGCCCGCCCUCGCCAACAGGAAGGUAGACUGGUUAGAUGGCCGUAACAUCUGCCGCGAAUACUGCAUGGACCUGGUCUCCAUGGAGACGCAAGAAGAAAACAAUCUAAUCUUCAAACUCAUUCAGCAAAAUGACGUGCCCUACAUCUGGACGUCAGGUCGCCUCUGUGACUUCAAAGGUUGCGAAAACCGCAAAGACCUCGAGCCCAAGAACGUCUUCGGAUGGUUCUGGUCCGCAAACCGUGAAAAGCUGUCUCCUACCACCCAGAUCCCCAACGGCUGGGGCUACAACCCUUGGUCUCAGACUGGCCACAAGAAGCAACGUCAGCCUGACAACGCGGAGUUCGAUAUCAACGGCACCUCAGAGUCUUGUCUCAGCAUCCUGAACAAUGUGUACAAUGACGGUAUUGCGUGGCACGAUGUUGCUUGCUACCACGAGAAGCCCAUCGUCUGCGAGGACUCUGACGAGCUCCUCAACUACGUAGCUAGCACCAACCCCGGUCUCCGUCUGUGAUCCCCCUAACUUUACAUACCAAACAUUACAGUACGGUAGUACUAACUGUCGGUAAUAUUUGUAUCAGCAGUGUCUGUAGUGUCGAUGUUAUCGACAGUAUUAGACACUAUUGGUAUCUAAUUAGUAUUAUCACUAGUUUCACCUAGUGUUUAAUUGGUUUAAAAUGGCAAUAUCAAAGGUUUAUUCUUAACCGAUAGUUAAGCACUGCUUUACUAUUCAAAUCAAAAUUCUCCAUCUGACGUCACAGUGAUGUCCAGAUGCCAUUGGCUAACGUAUCGUUAGUGUUCUUUCAAACGAAUUCAAGUUCUACACACUUAGAUAUAGCGUUCGAUUUUAACAAGCUACACUCCAUAGAGGUUGCACAUCGUACUACAUCGUAUUUAUUAAGCACCAGCACAUUUAAGGACUUGCCAUAACUCCUACAUCGGGAUCUCUCUACCACUGCCCGCAUUCCGUCGUACAAACUCUGUACAGUAUCAUAAUUUAAGACUUAAGUAAGUUUAUUUUACCUAAGGGAAUUUCUAUUUGUACAUAAAAAUAAAAAUUAAGA